AUGAAGACUUAAGUAAGCCAAUAAAAUACCCCUAAGUAAAUUCAAUUUGAUAAUGCAGAGCUGCUUCGAAAUAUUCAUACAAAGAAUCCUACUAAUAAAGAACACCACUUCGAUAAGACAAUUUUUUGAAUCUUUAUGAAAAAUAUUUGAAUUGUCAGGGAAGGAAAAGAUCUCAUUAAAUGGAUGAAGCUCGAAGUCCUUUACAAUAAUCUACUUCCCUGCAUUAUUUAAAUAAAAAAAAUGAAGUUGGUGUACAUAGAUUUUCUCUCGAUAACUUCAACUUGGAUAAGAGGUAGUGUAAUAUAUUAUUAUUAAUACAUAGUUCCAAAGGAUUGA